ACGGGCUGGCUGGGCUCCGGGCGGCUGUCUGUGCGCUUCAGACGGUCGUGGGGGAGACUACCAUCAACACUCAGCGUGUCCUCGAGUGUUCAGAGGGAAAAAAAGAGGAAAAAAAGAAAAGAAAAAGCAGGAGAGUCACGGGGUUAACUGCGAGAAAAGAAAGCAAAUAGCCCCACCUCGGCAUCUGGAAAAGCACCGAAGAAGAAGGAGACGAUCCUCCCCCUCUACCCCACACCCCGUCGCCAACCCGCCCUAUCUACCCUACCCACCACUUCGUGCCAUCCCUCUGGUCUGAACUGCCCUCCCACCCCGCCAGGAGAACCGCGACCACCCAGAGGAAACCCCCGGCUUGACCAGCGUUGCCAUUAAGCGAUGCGCUUUGAAUUUCGGAAGAAUUUACCUUUGCGUUUUUUGACGCACAGCACAACCAGUGGUCUUCGUCUUUUCUCAGAGGGAACAGUUCAGGCUACGGAUUUGGGUGUUUACACUUUUUGACGGGUUUCCAGUGGCGUGAUGACAUGCAGAAUAUAUCACCCCACGGCAACGCACCAGACUGUCAUUCCAUAGAAUAGCCCUUAUUGAAACAAGCAGCUGUCACACACGCUGCGUUUGAGCUUAUGUUUGAUUUUUUUCCAUGCUUAGAAAUAAUCCUGACAAUGGUCUGGGAGCGGACCGCCUCUCCAGACACCUAGUACUGUUUUUUCAAGACGCACCAGCUCUAUAUUUCGUUUUUGUCGGAGGCAGAGCGACAAAUUGACGAGGAGUCUUUUGACACCGACACCGACGCCGCCUGAGCCGCAGGACUUUGCGUGCGAAGUUUGCACCGGGAAGAGGGGGGCCAAGUCGGAGAUAUCUCGGCCAUAUCCACGGCAUUUUCCCCUGUAAGGUGGGAGGUCAGCGGGUCGUGGCCAUGCUGUCCCUGGACGAGCCCCUAGACCUGAAGCUCCCUCGGCGGGCCAGUGGGAGGGACAGAGGGGCGCGCUCGCCCCCCCUCUCCCCGCUGCACCCCAAGCGAGCUCGCCAGCUCCGGAUGGCAGAUGAUGGCACCGCAGUCAUAGAGCCGGCCUCCCCAGCAUCUCCGCACACAGGUGUGCAGGUGGUCCCUCAUGACCGAACAGACACCCCCACCCCCCCUGCGGUGGACCUGAGCAUGUCUCCCUCCUCCCGCCACACCCCCAGCUCUCCAGAAAUGACCAACGGCAACUACGUCCCCUCAGGGAAUUCUCACAUCUCGCAGGCCUUUCAGUUUUUUGUGCCAAUCGGAGCUGGGGCGGGACUUCACCUGCCAUCCUCCAUGUUCAUUGGCCAGACAAGCGACAAGAGAGCCUCUCCUGACCUCUCUGCGGAUGAACAACUGGCCUGCCGCUGGAAGAAGUGCCAUCUGCUCUUUGACUCCCUGCAAGACCUGGUGGAUCACGUCAACGACUUCCAUGUCAAACCUGAAAAGGACUCUGGGUACUGCUGCCACUGGGAGGGCUGUGCUCGCAAAGGGAGGGGUUUCAACGCUCGGUACAAGAUGCUCAUCCACAUCCGCACUCACACGAACGAGAAGCCCCACCGCUGUCCCACCUGCAACAAGAGCUUCUCGCGCCUGGAGAACCUCAAGAUCCACAACCGCUCACACACAGGUGAAAAGCCCUACAUUUGUCCCUAUGAGGGUUGCAACAAACGCUACUCCAACUCCAGCGACCGCUUCAAGCACACACGCACCCACUAUGUGGACAAGCCCUACUACUGCAAGAUGGUGGGCUGCCUGAAGCGCUACACAGACCCCAGCUCCCUCCGCAAGCACAUCAAGGCCCAUGGCCACUUCGUGGCCCAGGAGCACGGCUCCCCGGGCGGGGUGGGCUCCCUGCUGAAGGGGAGCCAAAGUGGAGGGCUGGCUAGCGACGUGGGGAAGGAUUCAGAGCUGUCCUAUGUGAGCGCAGCCCAAAUUAUCAUCCCAGGGGCGGCGGCUGCUCUCCUGGGAGGCCAUGCCCUACAGGGUCUUGGUGGUGCCGUGCCCCUGUCCCCUCUCAGUCCUCGGCCCCUGGACCUCAGCACACUGGGCUGCCCCAGCUCACCUCCGGGCGGCAUGGGGCCCAUCCUGUCCUUCAGCGGCUCCCCGCUGGGCCUGGCCAAGUCCCCUCUGCUCUCCUCAGCGUUCCCCUCCUCGGCGCUGGGCCUGCCGAUGAUGCCCAUGCUGGGGGCCGCGUCUGAGCGCAGGGUUCAGAUGCAGCAGGCCAAGAAGGGCCGGGGGGAGGAGGUCAAGAACGAGGUGACUGGGGGGGUUCUGAAUCUCUCCACAGGAGGGUCUCAUGAUCCCCUGUCCUGGGUGGUCAUCCCCCCAGGCACCGUGGUGCUCAAGCCAGCUGUGGUCAACUGAUACGCACACACGCGCACACAUACACACACACACACACACACACACACACACACACACACACACACACACUCCAAAAGAGCUCAGGGGGUCAGGAUGGGACGGUGAACACCAUAGUGAGGGUACGGGUGGUCAAAGGUGAUUGGGAUUGGCUCGCACAAUCAAAUCCAGGCAUAUCUGAGAAAGGAGAAAACUAUAGAGAAACUGAUCAGACCCGCAAUCAGCAGAACAACAGAUAACACUACACCUCACGAGAAUUUAAUAUACAACGCAAGCCUCUUGUCUUGAUGGGAAACUAAACCGGGGGCCCAAGAACUCUGUUCAGGACCACGUAUGGCUCUGUAUUUCUAUCACAAGGCUCCUCUUCGCUCUCUUAUUUUAUACUUUAUUCAUUCCCGGUCGCUGGUUCUGCGGACAGGGACCAUGAACGUGACAGUCUUAGCGCUCUGUGUUCUCACAAAAGUCCUGAUUCAUUGAUAAGUAUUUAUAUGACUGUACUUCAUCGACAGCGUGCCUCCAGCUUAGCGGUGAGAUAGAUGCACCACGAAACGGACCGACGCGCUCACAGUUAGGCCAGCGCGCACGUAAUAGGACGAUUCUCCACAGCUGAUUUUCAAGUUAUGACCUAUUUUUCACAGGCUGCUGUGAUGAAUAUGAUUCAGACAGGCUUGCCAUACCAAAGCAAGUGAACUCAAACUGUCUUGGAUUUGUCCAGGAGAAAGGCUGAAGCUUCAGCUCUGAGACAGUUCAAUUAAACACAGCACUUACUAGUGUCAACUGGUUAUAGUAUCAAAACCUCAAAACUGCUGCUAACCUCUCAGCUCCCGCCCAGUGUAACACAGACUGGGAGAGAGCACUUUUGACAAUCUAUCCCCACUUCGGGGAAGGUGACCAACAAGAAUGUGUGCCAGGCGUGCAGACUAGGGGCUUUUAGGUCACAGAGCGAACUGAGGACUUGACACAGACAAACGGUGUUACAUCACCUGGCAAUGACCAAUCAUCCUUUCCUCUUUUACACAAGUGAAAUUUAAGGCACUUGGUGUGUCUGGCGCCCCCCUCUGGCAGGACACGAUACUCAGCAUCCUGCCUGCCAUUUCACAGAACUGGCACUGUUUUCCUCCUGGAUUGUCCAGCUGCUUUCCCGUAAUUGAAUCAACACGGCCAGUUUGUGUAUGAAAGGGCCACUGUGGUGAUAAACACUAGUGUCUUGUACUUUAAAAAGUGACCCGACCCAAAACCAGCUGUGAAAAACAGGUGGUCGUCCAAUCCUGACUUACCCAUGCCGCUUUUUGUCCCCAGUUCAACAAGUCCCGUGCUGUGCCAAAAAUACCUGGAGAGGGGGCAGAGGGAUGCAUGUAUUGUGCCACAGAGGAGGGUGUGAUGCACUCAAUGCCACAUACAGCUGGACUGACUAGGAAGCCACACUAUUGCAAACUGCCUCAUUUUACUCUGUCCAAAGGGGCAAAAAAAAACAAACAAAAAAAAAAAACAAGAGAGACAAAAAAAAAGACUCGUUUGACUUCUGGGAAAACUUUUCUCAUGGUUCGAUUAAGCAGUCAACAUGCACUUACCACACACUAUAUUCCUUACAUGACUUUUCAAAUGUUACUGCCAAGUCAUGGUUCUUUAAACACUAGUUUGCUCUUGUUCCACGUUUCCCGCGAGGGGCAGUUUAGCCGUGCUAAUGCAUGUACGAUGUCGUCUCCGCGGAGGAGAGGUCGGGGGAGCGGGAGAGGAUCGUCACAACACAUGGAGCGUUCCCUCGAGAGGCUCCUCCAUUUCUCCUCUUCCCGUCUGCUUCUGUUGGUGGUCUUCCUUUUCCAUCGCCCAGUCUUAGAAAUAAUCAGUUAUUGCUGUUUUUUUUAAAUUGUUGUCUUUGGUUUUGUUUUUGCUGUUCAGACGAGACAUUUUUUCUGAUGUUGAAGUUGCUUCUUGUGUUCUGCGACGGCUGCUCUGCACUCAGCUUUCUGCUGUCGGGGGUGAGUCCUUUGCAGGGUCGAGGAGAAGACGGGAGGCGGAGGUUUGGGUGGUCCUCUAGGGCAGUGGUUCCCAAACUGGGGGUUUGGCAGAAAUCUGAAGGGUCACAAGAUGAUCACAUUGAUGGAAAGAAUAAGAAAAGUUUUCUUUUUCACAAAAUUAUGUGUAUGUUUCCGGACUUUUCUCCAAUAAUUUUGCUUUUUAGCUUCUCUAGCAGUGUAGCUCAGUGGAUGGUCGAUUCAUCCUCUAACAGUUAGUAGAAGGAUUUCCCUGAAAUUUUACAUUGUGUCACUGGGAGGUUUUUUUUAGUGAAAUGCUCGUUAACUAUUGGAUCGAUUUUAGCAAAGUUUUGUGCAGAGUCUUGUUCCCCUCAGGCGUAAUCUUAACGAAUUUAGUGAUCCCUUAACAUUUAAUCUAGCACUCACAUCAGGUCAAACUUUAUUUUUAACACUUUGGUUUAUGGCUAAAUGACUGCAGAACUAAUGACAGUCCCAUCAGCCUCACCUGCACUUUGUGCUAAGUCCUAAUCUGAGUGAGUGUGUUAGCCUGCCGGUGUUAGCAUUUAGCUCAAAACACUGCUUUAUCCUGGUGCAGCCUCACAGAGUUUCCAGCAUGUCUGUAGACCCUUUAAUGACUCUGAAAUACCUGUUCAGGGCUGCAAAACCCUCCAGAUGACAACGCAGGAAGAAAAAAUCACUCUUUGGUUGAACUCAGCUCAACAAACUGUUCUUUGGGGGGUCAUAAGUACAGAUGAUUUUGGUUUAUUUUAAGGGGUCACAAGCCACAAAGGUUGGAGACCACUGCUCUAGGUGGAACACAUGGAUUAUGGGGGCAUCCAAUGGACCAAAUGAUAUCACAUUCCUUCAUGACAAUCACAUUGGUGUAAUGAGAAUCAUUUAUAGAGGGUGUGUGCAUAAAAUACGUGUGUCGGAACACAAAACGAUCUCCGAGCUAAAUUAGAUUCCCAAACUCGGCUUCUUUUCACUUCCACAGUCAGUUGAAGGGAAAUCAGAGGGAAACAAAUAACAUACGGCUGUGAAAUGGCGGGCAGCGCUGGCAAAGUGAGAGCAGGGAGAGAAAGGAUUGGCUGCAUCAUUAAAUGAAUGGACAGGGGAUAGGGAGAUGCUGUGUGCCAGCAGAGGAUGGCUGUGCUGUGUAGCCGCUCUCCGUCUGGCCACCCACCCAGCUGACGGCCCUCUCAGCUCUGAAGUCACUGGCUGUGCUGCGUCCAAUGUGGCAGCCACUCACAGGCAUACCAGCCUGCAGAAAACUAGGCCACUGAACUCUGUCUGCCCUCUGGGUUUUUUCUUUCUAUUUUUUUUUUUAAUAGAUUAAACCCAAAAGGCUCAACUCCCCCACCUCCCGGCUGCAAAGCUUUUCUACCAGAGAUGGGGAAAACUCAGUAGUAAACAAAAACAAAUAUAACCCCCCUGUUUGAGGAUGAGCUCGGGCCGCCCGCAGGCCUUCACUGCAGAGAUGAACUGCAUACCUGUGUUUCUGCCUCAGUAAUUCUUAGUCAUCCUCAUCUCAGAUACCCCAUCCCCCUGUCUCUGGGUUCAGGCUCGGCGUUGAGGAGUAUCUCUUGAUGUGAGUGGACGAUUCUGGCGCGUGAUGUCAUCAGAAACAGGUGUUAAGUAGGCUAGACACGGUUGCCGUGGCAACAGCGAGACCCACAGAUGCGGCGGCUCUCCUCCUCCUCCUCCUCCCUGUCGGUCUGUCUCUCCCCUGCAGGUCGAAGCCGCUGACAGAGACUCAGCACGGCGGCAGAAAGCUGACUAACACGACACGGAUCCUCACAGGGUCCACAACCUUUCAAUAUAAAAUAAGCUGUAUGAUCCAUUAACCCUUUGAGCUCAAGUCUGUAAUAAACUGCACUUUUGUUCCCCUCAUAGCGUGUGUAGAUGCAGGGAUGCUGCCACAUCCUCUCUCAGUGUAGAGCGUUAUUCAUCAGUUGUUUUGGGAACCAAGAAUAAUUGUAAAAAAAUCAUCCUCAGUUGCUACAAUGUCUGAAUUGAAUUUUUUUCUUUUAAAUAUUAUAAAAGCGGUACUUGCUCCUGGAGAUUUUAAAGUAACCCUCACUUAAUGCUAUGAAAGUGGAAAUCCAGGGCACAAAAUUUGUGUUAGCUAGCUAGGUCAGUGUCAUUGUAAAGGGGUGCCAUUGACUGAAGUGCCACAGUGUUGCACAAAGGGUUAAUGAUAAGACUAAGGCCAUGCAAGGCCUGUUCCAAGUUAUGUUUUUUUGCACAUUUGUGAGAUAUUAUGUCAGUAUUUUAAUUUUUCCAAGUGCCUUUUUAUUAUAGGUAAAAUACAGAAGUUAUACACUAUAAGAAAAAAAAUGAUUAUAUGAAAAUAUAUUUUUUCCUGGCAUCAUGUUCUGUGGUUGAACAUGCAGAAUUUUAGAGUUGUAAAAGUCUCCAAUUGGUACAACAUAGCGGUGUUCUCCUGUUUUAGAGGAAUUUUAUUACGAUAUUGAUAAUAAUGUCAAUGAAAAGAAAAAUGUUUAAUAA